AUGCAUAUUUUGUGGAUAGCUCUGGUGUCCCUACUCAUCAGCCAAGACUCUGCUGCACCGACCGCCGACAGCACCGACGUGGAGUCCGUGGCUGGUUGUAUUCGCUCCUGCUCAAAUGAAUACGGUAAAUGUCUUACCAAAGCCAACGGACUGUGGCACUCGUAUACGCACAACAGAAACCGUAUACUUGCAAUUGUUAGAAAGUGCUGCCUCUACAACGAAAAGAAUCCGGAUGCUCGAGAGACUGACAGUUUUGCUACUUGCGCUAAAAUUCGCUGUGGGGCUAUGCUCUACGGGUGA